UACCAAUAUAGUAAGUGAUAAAAUGGAUGAUGUGAAUUUGAUAAAAACAACGAUUAAAAAAGAACAAGAUCUCUCUGAACUACUAAAGGUUCUAGGUGAUGAUCAAGUUAAAGCUCAUAUUCAACAGAUGCUCGAGUGUAGAUCGGAAAGUUCUUCAAGAGAACUAAAAGAGUUGCUAAAUGCAAGAGAAAAAGAAGGUUUAAUAACUAUUGAAGAUACCCUUGAGAAAAAAGAUAAAAAUAAUAAAUUAGAAAUAAGUACAAUAGUAGAAGGUCUUGUUGACUUUCUAGACAGAGUUGGAAUAAACACAAUAAAAUUGAGGAAAACACUCACAAGAGGACUCAUACUAACGGUGGAGAAUACUAGUGAAUCAUAUACUAAAUUUGGAUUCUAUCUCACAGGAGUAAACAAAUUUGGCUACUCUUGCUCUGCAUUCAAACUUAUAUGGGACAAAACAUCAACAAUAACAAGAUGUUCCAUAGUUUCUCGUAAUGGUAACACUGUCAACGCUGACUAUUAUGCUGCUAAAUUCACCGUCAUAGGAAAGAAAAUAUUGGAAUAUAUGAUAGACGAAAAAUAAAACGUAAAUUAUUUUAAAAA